CUGGAUUUCAAGCCUGGUCCCUCUGCAUCCAGAGCUCAUACACUCAGGACAUUACAGAGGUUGAUUGUAGUCCAUGUGAAACAGGGGUUUGAGGAGUUUGGUGCUGUGAGGUGAAUUGAUUCUCUGGAGUAUUGGAUCUUCACUGUUUGCUAUUGUAGGUGUUCAUCUCCAAGCAAGGGACCUCAAGCAAGACCAAGAGAAUGCUCGAUAUAUUAUUUGUGAUGAUAUUUGGACUGUCAGGGCGUGUUCUGGCAAAAGAUACAGACACAAAAGGAAGGUUCAGUUCUCCAGUGUUGGAUGUUACUGAGAAGCAGCUUAUCAUAGAGAGAAACCAGACACUUCAGCUAAACUGCAGGGGACGCUGGGAGCUUCAGUGGGUUUUGCCAUCAGGUGUCCCGAAAGUCUACAAUGGCACCCAGAUAGAGGAGUCUAGCUGUGGGAGGAAAAAUAACCAGUAUUGUAGCCGCCUGACAUUGAGUCCUGCUUUAGCUCAACACACUGGGUCUUACCGCUGCAGGUACCGUCAAAAGCAGCGCAAGCAGGCAUCUGUCUACGUCUACAUUACAGAUAGCCAGCGGCCGUUCGUGAAGGUGCAGUCUGGGACCCCAGACGUGGUGUUCAUGAAGAAAGGAGAGCCUUUGAUCUUUCCCUGCAGGGUCACAAACCCCAACGCCAAAGUCUCAUUGGUCAAGGAGUUUCCUUUGACACCGUUAACUCCUGAUUAUCAAACCAUCAUCUGGAACAGCAGGCACGGUUUCACUGUCCGCAGCCCAACAUUCUUCUACAUUGGAUUUUUUUCCUGUGAGACUAUUGUCAAUGGAGUCAAAUACACCAACAAAUUUGUGACUCACAGGACCGUGAAUAACAUCAUGGAUGUAUAUUUGAACACUACUGGUUUGGUGCAGACGCUACAAGGACAUAUGUUAGCUUUGAACUGCACCGUAACAGCUGAAUGGAACUCCAGAGUCUCCAUAAGCUGGACGUACCCGGGAAAGGCUAAUGGCUCUGCCACUAUUACCAGACGCAUAUCGAGAAGCAAAACCAACAUGUUGUUCUUCAGCAUUCUCACCAUCCCCAGACUAAGCAAGUCAGACAGAGGACUCUACAAAUGUCACGUGACAAGUGGUCCAUCUAAGAGAGAAACAAACACAACAGUUAUUGUCUAUGACCAGCCUUUCAUACGACUCAAGCGCAGAGACGGUCCUGUGGUUCAAGCUUCCGCAGGACAGAAAUCUUUCCGUCUUACCCCAAAACUAAAAGCUUUUCCUGCACCAGAAAUCAUCUGGUUGAAAGAUGGGAUGGUGGCUGCAGAACGGUGUUCCCGUUACCAUGUUGAUGGGUUUUCGUUGGUCAUUCGGGAUGUUGCUGAAGAGGAUGCAGGCAUCUACACCAUCCUGGCUGGAAUUCAGCAGUAUGGACUUUUCCAGAACCUCACAAUCACAUUGGUGGUAAAUGUGAAGCCAGAGAUUGGUGAGAAGACCGUGUCGUCGAGGCAGCCUGGGACAGUCCAGCGGGGCAGCAGACAAGCCCUGCGCUGCACAACUUAUGGAGUCCCACCUCCUCACAUUCAGUGGUUGUGGCAUCCGUGUCCUCAGAAAGGCCUAUGUGAAGAGCCUCCUCCUUCCUCCUGGAUUGCAGUCAGUGAGAAGACAGAAGUCACGUCGACCCACAAUCCCAUCCUGACCGUCAACCACAAACGGGAAGUGUUACAGGGGAAGAAUAAGACUAUAGGAGUUUUAACAGUUGGUGAAGCAUUGAUAUCUGGUAUCUAUCGGUGCAUUGCAUCGAACAUCAUGGGCAGAGAUGAACUAGACAUUCAUUUCUAUGUCACAGAUGUCAAAGAAGGCUUCGUCGCAUCUUUAGAGGAAGAGCCCAGAGAAGGCGAAAACCUUCGCCUGGUCUGUAUAGCCAAUAAGCACCUUUAUUCGAACAUGUCGUGGUAUAAAAUAGCAAAUCACUCCACAGCAUCACAGGAACGUUCAGUUCUUGGAGGGGUACUUACAGAGGGGCAGUACUCGCUUACCCUGCACCUACUGCUGAAGAAUCUGACCGAACAGGAUUCAGGAAAAUACCGCUGCUCGGUCACACACCUUUUUACAGGAAAACAGGCGAACCUAGAUACACCAGUGGAGGUCACAGUUUUGCAGGCUCCUUUGUUGCUUCAAAACCUGAGCGAUCAUAACGUCAACGUAAGCCACUCGGUCACUCUUUAUUGCCCCGCUAAGGGAAUUCCUCAUCCAAGUAUCACAUGGUAUAAGGACCACAGCAAACUCCAGCAGGUGUCUGGCAUCAUGCUAUUUCCCGAAGAAGGAACUCUUCAUAUUGACCGAAUUACGGCUGAUGACCAGGGACUUUAUACAUGUGAGGCCACCAAUAAAAGAGGAUCUGUGAAGAGCUCCGCCCACAUUUGGGUUCACAGUUCCUCUGAUUUUCUUUCGCUGGAGAUCCCAACUCUGGCGUGUACAUGCGUGGUGGCCACUCUCUUCUGGCUGCUUCUAACACUGCUAAUUCGUAAACUCAAACAACCAAACUCCAUUAAUGGGACAGCAGAGUACCUGCCAAUCAUCCUGCACCCAGGGGAGGAGCCUCUGACUGAGCACUGUGAUAGGUUACAGUAUGACCCCAACCAAUGGGAGAUUCCACGUGAACGUCUUAAACUGGAAAAGCCCCUGGGUCGAGGGGCAUUCGGGCAAGUAAUGCAGGCCUCUGCUUUUGGAAUCCGUAAUUCUGCCUGCUGCACCACUGUGGCUGUCAAAAUGCUUAAAGAUGGCGCUACGCCCAGUGAACACAAGGCUCUUAUGACAGAACUGAAGAUCCUCAAUCAUAUUGGUCAUCACUUAAAUGUGGUCAAUCUUCUCGGUGCCUGCACCAAACCAGGAGGGCCUCUGAUGGUUAUUGUGGAAUACUGCAAGUUUGGCAACCUGUCUACGUACCUUAAGAGCAAACGAGAGGUGUUCCUGUUGAAUAGGGUGAUGACAAAAGAGGAAGACAGCAUGGAAGAUGGCGGUCACCCGCGUUUAGUCAGUAUGUCUAGCAGCCGAAGCAAUGCCAGUUCAGGAUUUAGUGAAGACAGAGAAGAAGAUUCAGAAGAGGACAGUGAUUCUUCUCCUGAAUCCAGCAGUCCUCUUCUGCUUGAGGACCUGAUUUCUUACAGUUUUCAGGUAGCAAGGGGUAUGGAGUUCCUCACGUCUCGAAAGUGCAUUCAUAGAGAUCUCGCGGCCAGAAACAUCUUGCUGUCCAAAAAUAACGUGGUCAAGAUCUGUGAUUUUGGCUUGGCCCGAGAUGUAUACAAAGACCCAGACUAUGUGCGCAAGGGAGAUACACGGUUGCCGCUGAAGUGGAUGGCCCCUGAAUCGAUCUUCGACAAGGUCUUCACCACCCAGAGUGAUGUGUGGUCCUAUGGUGUCCUUCUCUGGGAGAUCUUCUCACUUGGAGCAUCUCCGUAUCCAGGAGUAAACAUUGAUGAAGAGUUUUGCCACAGACUGAAACAGGGAACAAGGAUGUGCCCACCUGAGUAUAGCACCCCUGAGAUUUACGGCAUCAUGUGCGCAUGCUGGGAAAGUAACCCUGAAGACCGGCCUUCAUUCACAACUCUAGUGAAGAUACUAGGAGACCUUCUGCAGACCUGUGUCAAACAGGAUGGGAAGGAUUAUAUUCCACUAAACACUUUUAUUUCCGGGGAAAGCAACAUGGAGAAUCUUCACCACACAGACACAAACCAGAAAACUCCUGUGACUCUGAUCAACUCAGAAAAAAUCAAACCUUUGAACACUUUUGAGGAAGAUUUAGGCAAAGUAAACCCUGAUGACAACGAAUCAGACAGUGGCAUGGUUCUUCCGUCCGAAGAGUUAAUUCAGGUGAAAUGGUCGGACCGAUUCAAAGCCAAAAAUAUCACCAGGUUUUUCUCCAAAGGUCAAAACCAUUGCCUGAUGCUACCUACAAAAAUGCUCCCUUGCAUGAACAGUGCCUCAUGUCACCAUGAUGGGAACGUUCCUAAUACUGCACCUCAUGUGUGUUACUCGGAAAGAUGCUGCUCUUCUCCACCUGACUAUAAUGCUGCUGUCAUUUACCCCUGUUUUUAGCACACUAACAUCACUAUCGCAGUAAAAAUCACAUCCGUUUCAUGUUUAAAAUGCUGCUUAUUUGGACUGUUUUGCAUUUUGUUCCUUAAUCUGCUUUAUAUUGUACGUGUCCUGUCAUUGCAGUAUUUUUGAAUGCAUUUUCUCACUGACUUUCUUCCUAUUUCAAAUCUCAACUACCUAACUCAUUUUUACGUAGUGAAAUGCAACUACUGAUCAGUAAUUCAUCUCAAUCUUUUAAAUGUAUAUCUCUAUAUACUCUGCUCUUUUAAUCUACACCUCUUGUCCGUUUUCUUGUCUUAGUAGUCACAGAGCAGAUCAUGUAUAUUUUAUAAACUAAUGAAAUGCAUUUAUUACAGUCACUGCUUGUAGGUACCAAAUGUUAAGAGCAUCACAGUUCCUGUGCUGCAAAAGCUAUAUGCUGGAAUAUUUCACUGUAAGCUAUUUAUUUACAUUCAAUACCUUAAUAGUAACCUCUGAAAAUAUUGUUUCUAUUGUGUAUUUAAAUAAGAAAGAUAUUUUCAUUAAAUCUCAGUGAAACUUGGAUUUUUUUAAGAUGGCAAUGUUAAUCUGUGAGGCAUGGAAGUUACAUUUUACAGAUGCUUUUUUUCUGACUUUUAAGACUGUGGAAAACAACAAAGUGAUUUUUCUUAAAGGGAUAGUUCGCCCAAAAAUAAAUCCUUUGUCAUUA